AUGGCAAAAAACAUUCAUAUUCACGCACACCAGUGUCAUCUUACAUGGGACAACUCAAUUCCACCAGUUGCACGUAUCCAGUCUGGCGACAUAGUUUCGUUCGAUUGUGUAGACGCAAGCAAUUCUCAAAUUAAUAAAGAGUCAACGUCGGACGCCAUCAAGAACUUUAAUUUUUCGCUUCUGGAUCAGGUCAAGGGUCCGAUUUAUGUUGAAGAUGCUCAGCCUGGUGAUGUCUUGGAAGUGGAGUUCCUCAAAAUAAAAACGGCUGAUUGGGGUUGGACUGGUUUGAUUCCAGGGUUUGGUUUAUUACAUGAAGAAUUUCCGAAUCCUGUUUUAAAAAUAUGGAAGUUGGAGGGGGAGUCUGCAUGGUUCAAAGAAGGAAUCCAUAUACCGUUAAGACCAUUCUGCGGUGAAUGUGGUGUUGCUAGAGGCCAAAAAGGGGCUUUCAGCACAAUUCCGCCAUAUAGAACCGGCGGCAAUAUUGACACAAAAUACAACGUAGAAGGAACAAAGUUGCUGUUGCCAAUUGAAUGUGAGGGCGGAUUAUUCAGUUUAGGAGAUGGACAUGCUGCGCAGGGCGAUGGAGAAGUUGCAGGUACUGCAAUUGAGACGCCUGUCAGUGUACAAGUGCGACUUUCUGUUCUCAAAAAUAUGCCGCAUGUCAAUUCUCCUCAAAUUUGUAUCCCUUCGCAAGCAAAUGCUCGUGUCAGCAGUAGAGGCUACUAUACAAUUCUUGGUAUAGCAGACACGCUGCUUGAUGCAACAAAAAAUGCAGUUCGUGAUAUGAUUCGCUAUCUCGGUGAUAUAAAAGGUCUAACACGUGAGGAAGCCUACAUGUUGUGUAGUGUGGCGGUAGAUCUACGCAUUACACAAGUAGUGGAUAUGCCGAAUUAUUGUGUAAGAGCAUUUUUACCGUUGGAUAUAUUUGUAGAGUAG